AUGAAUCCUUUAAUUUGGCUGCUAUUAUUUUCAAUUGCUUACUUUAACUUGACUGUAUGUGGUGCAGAUACGGGUAUAGUUUGUAGUGAAAAGGAAAAGCAAGCCCUUCUUCACUUCAAGCAAGGCCUAACCGAUCCAUCUGGCCGCCUUUCUUCUUGGAAUGUUAAGACAGACUGUUGCUCGUGGAUGGGAGUCCAAUGUGACAAUUUAACUGGUCAAGUUAUUGAGCUACGCCUAACGAAUCCAAAUAAUUUCUAUGGAAAUUAUGGGAAUAUGUCCAUGUUGGGAGGCGGCAUUUCUUCUGCACUGCUUGAACUUGAAUCUUUGAGUUACUUGGACUUGAGCGGGAAUAAUUUUGGAGGUACUCCUAUCCCAAGCUUCUUGGGUUUCAUGAAAAGUCUUAAACAUCUUGAUCUCAGGAAGGCUUCAUUUGGGGGAUUAAUUCCUCAUCAACUUGGAAAUCUCUCUGGUAUUCUUUACCUUGAUAUGGGAUACAAUGAUGCACUCUAUGUGGAUAACCUCAGUUGGGUUGCUAAUCUUCAUAACUUGGAAUUUCUUGACUUGAUUUCGAUCAACAUUCAAGGCAAAUGGAUUCAAGCAGUCAGUAUGCUUCCUUCUCUUUCUGAACUAUACUUGUCAGAAUGCAGACUUCAGAGCAUGGUUCCAUCUCUCGGCCUUAGUUUUCUUGAUCUAAGUUACGACUCUAUCUAUGGUGAAGUCCCAGAUAUGCUUGCACAACUGGAAUACCUCCAAUAUCUUGAUUUGUCCAACAACAAAUUGACUGGUCCUUUUCCAAAAGCUCUAGGAAAUUUAUCAUCCUUAUGGAGAUUAGCUAUUGGCAACAAUCAACUCAAUGGAACACUUCCUAUGAGUACAGGGCUUCCUUCCAAUUUAAAGGUGCUAGACUUCAGCUCCAACCACUUUGAAGAAAUAGUUUCUGAAUUGAAUUUUGCCACACUCACAAAACUGACAUUUGUUGAUAUAUCUUUCAACUCUUUAUUCUUCAACGUUAACGCUAGUUGGAUUCCUCCGUUUCAACUUGAAGCUUUCGUAUCAGUAUCCAAUAAAAUGGGUCCAAGUUUUCCUGCAUGGCUAAGGACACAAAAAUCUCUUGGAACCUUGACAAUUUCAAAUUCAGAAAUUUCAGACAUAGUGCCAGAUUGGUUUUGGGACUGGGCUUCAAGUAUGGGGUACUGGUCAGAAAUUGAUCUUUCUCAGAACAAUAUUGGUGGCAGUCUAUCCCAUGUUUUAUUAAAUUCAACCUACGUGGACUUGAGUUCCAAUAAUUUCACAGGUCAACCGCCACAAUUUUCAUCAAAUGUCGUCAUGUAUAAUGUUGCAAAUAAUGCUCUCUCGGGGAAUAUUUCCUCUUUUCUUUGCCGAGCAUCAUAUUGGGAAAAUAAUGUUAUGAUUCUAGAUAUGGAAAAUAAUCUCAUGACUGGCAAACUUCCUGGCUGUUGGAUGUACUGGUCAUCAUUGACCCAUCUGAACCUGGGGUUGAUUGAUUUGGGUGAAAAUAAGUUUACGGGAGUCAUACCAAGUUGGAUUGGAGACAUGACUCUCUUGGCUCUCAGGCUAACAUCCAACAAAUUUACUGGUCACAUUCCCCCACAAAUAUGCCGACUCUCUUAUAUGGUUAUUCUGGAUCUGUCCAAUAAUAAACUAGUGGGAAGCAUACCAAAAUGCCUAAAUAAUAUGAGUGAUAUGGCUACUGGAAAUGGACCACCAUUUCAAACUUACGCAUAUGGCUAUGCUUACUACGAAGGACAGUUAGAGUUGAUCUCAAAAGGGGCAAAAUUAGAGUACAAAAUUGAGCACAUACCGGAGAAUGUGGGCAACAUGGUGAAUUUGGAAUCUCUCGAUCUCUCAAACAACAAUCUUACUGGUGAAAUUCCCGAAAGUAUGACGAGAUUAACAUUUCUAGGAGUAUUGGACUUGUCAAACAACAACUUGUGGGGAAAAAUUCCGACUAGCACCCAACUUCAGGGUUUUAAUGAAACUUGCUUCGCUGGAAAUGCCGAACUUUGUGGACUUCCUUUGUCGAAAAGAUGCACAAAUCAAUCUCAAGGAGGGAUACCAGUUGUUGACGUUGUCGAGGAGUCUGAAAUAUUGUGGUUCUACAAGGGAAUGUGGCCUGGAUUUGCCGCUGGCUUUUUCGGAGUUUGUGCUUCUCUUUUCUUCAACCGAACCUGGAGACAUGCUUAUUUUCUCUUCCUUGAUCGUGUGAAGGAUUGGAUCUAUGUAACUACAGUGAUAAAAAUGAAGCAGGUGGGGAGGAUGCUCAAGAGACUUACUGGUGUUGAUCGAAAGCUACCAUCUUCAACGAGGUAA